UUUUCGCCCUCGCUGUGUUUACAAAUUGGCACGGAAAAUUUUACUCUUUAAUUGGUAAAACAAUUAAUUGUUGAACGACAAAAACGGUCGGUUGAGCGACCUGCAUUUGCCAUGCCGGACAUAAAGAUAACACCACUCGGUGCCGGCCAGGAUGUGGGCCGCAGCUGCCUCCUGCUGUCGAUGGGCGGCAAAAAUAUAAUGCUCGACUGCGGCAUGCAUAUGGGCUACAACGAUGAGCGGCGAUUCCCGGAUUUCUCCUACAUUGUGCCCGAAGGACCCAUAACAAGCCACAUCGACUGUGUGAUCAUAUCCCAUUUUCACCUGGAUCACUGUGGCGCUUUGCCCUACAUGUCGGAGAUUGUGGGCUACAAUGGGCCCAUUUACAUGACACAUCCGACCAAGGCGAUCGCGCCGAUCCUGCUCGAGGAUAUGCGAAAAGUGGCCGUGGAGCGGAAAGGCGAGUCGAACUUUUUCACCACGCAAAUGAUUAAGGACUGCAUGAAGAAGGUCAUCCCGGUGACACUGCAUCAGAGCAUGAUGGUGGACACCGAUCUGGAGAUCAAGGCCUACUAUGCCGGUCACGUGCUGGGCGCUGCCAUGUUCUGGAUCAAGGUUGGCUCCCAGAGCGUCGUCUACACUGGCGACUACAACAUGACGCCGGACCGCCAUUUGGGCGCUGCCUGGAUCGACAAGUGCCGGCCCGACCUGCUCAUCUCCGAGAGCACCUAUGCAACAACAAUUCGCGACUCGAAGCGUUGUCGCGAGCGCGACUUCCUGAAGAAGGUGCACGAGUGUGUGGCGCGAGGCGGCAAAGUGCUAAUACCUGUCUUUGCCCUGGGACGUGCCCAGGAGCUGUGCAUAUUGCUGGAGACCUACUGGGAGCGCAUGAACCUCAAAUAUCCCAUCUACUUCGCACUGGGCCUCACCGAGAAGGCCAACACGUACUACAAGAUGUUCAUCACAUGGACGAACCAGAAGAUCCGCAAGACAUUCGUACAUCGUAAUAUGUUUGACUUCAAGCACAUCAAACCGUUCGACAAGGCUUACAUUGAUAAUCCCGGCGCAAUGGUUGUCUUUGCCACACCGGGCAUGCUGCACGCCGGCCUCUCGCUGCAAAUAUUCAAAAAGUGGGCGCCAAACGAGAACAACAUGGUCAUCAUGCCCGGCUACUGUGUCCAGGGCACCGUGGGCAACAAGAUACUCGGCGGUGCCAAGAAAGUUGAGUUCGAAAAUCGUCAAGUGGUUGAGGUCAAAAUGGCAGUGGAGUACAUGAGCUUUUCAGCGCAUGCCGAUGCCAAAGGCAUAAUGCAGCUGAUUCAAAACUGUGAGCCGAAGAACGUAAUGCUCGUCCAUGGCGAGGCGGAGAAGAUGAAGUUCUUGCGCUCAAAGAUCAAGGACGAGUUCAAUUUGGAAACAUACAUGCCCGCUAAUGGCGAGACCUGUGUGAUAUCUACGCCCGUUAGAAUACCUGUAGACGCAUCCGUGUCCCUGCUGAAGGCCGAGGCUCGGUCGUACAAUGCCCAGCCUCCGGAUCCGAAGCGGCGACGACUCAUCCAUGGCAUACUGGUGAUGAAGGAUAAUCGUAUAAUGCUUCAAAAUUUAACAGAUGCCCUCAAAGAGAUCGGCAUCAAUCGGCAUGUGAUGCGCUUCACGUCCAAGGUGAAAAUUGACGAUCCCGGACCAACGGCGCUUACCAGCGAACGACUGAAGCUACUGCUGGAGGAGAAACUAGUCGGCUGGACGGUGGCACUGCAAGAUAAUGGCUCCAUCACUAUUGAAUCCGUUGAGGUGAAGGUGGAGGAGGAUGCCAAGGAUCCCAAACAGAAAACUCUGUUGAUUUCAUGGACCAACCAGGACGAGGACAUUGGUGCCUACAUUCUCAAUGUGCUGCAGAACAUGUGCUAGAGCCCAACGAAACUCCCCCAUAUAUAUGCCUUAAUUCCAUAGUUUGCUAAGCACAAAGUGUCGGAUAUCGUUUUUCCGAAUAUCUAAAUGAUUGAAAAUAAAACAAAAAUAGUCCAAAAUCCAUCAGAAAUUGGAUAAAUCAA